AUGUCUGACCCAAAACUUGUUGAUAUGGAACCUGGUGGAGAGAAUACUCAAUACGAAUCAAUUCGCGAGUUCACCAUACCUCCUGCCAAACAAACUGGACAGCUUGGUGGCAAUGCCACGCAUACGGAGAGCCUUAUGAAUACGGAUAUAAGCCCUCCAGAUGACUCGAAGGCCCAAAAUGAAGAAAAUGAGUUGGCACAGAAAUUAGGAUUGGGUGCAAAGCAGCCUAGUGAAGGGGAACUGAAGUUCGAAGCCUCGGGUGAUGCAGAGGCCGCGAAGACCAGAAAACAGCAAGGGUAUGGACCCGGCUCUGGGGUCGGCGCAUAA